UUUUAAAAACUGGUUCGCUUUCAGAACCUUGUUACAUCGUCUACCUGUAAAAACCACAUGUCCUAAUUCUCUGUUUGGUUCUCGUCUAAUUCACUUUUAUUCUUCUAACACAACCAAUCCGUAAGUUCGAAACCUUAGAGCAUUUCCAAUGUACACCUCUAUAAUUUCCUCUAAAAUAGAGAUCUCUAUUAUAGAGGUGAAAAUGCUCCAAUGUAUGCCUCUAUAAUAGAGUUCCUCUAUUUUAGAGGAAAAUAUAGAGGAAAGUUAUUUUUUGCCUCUAUAUUUAGAGGUGAAAAUAACAUAUCUCUAUAUUUUCCCCUAUAAAUAGAGAAACUCUAUUAUAGAGGCAUACAUUGGAGCAUUUUCACCUCUAUAAUAGAGUUUCUCUAUUUUAAGGGAAAAUAUAGAGAUAGAAAUAAGGGUGGGUUGGAGAUGGUCUUAAUGUUUGCGAAAACGCAAAAAAGAGAUACUACUACAGUACUACUUAUCACCAAGAACCAAAGAUCGUGUGUUUCGGAUUACCCUUUGUUCUAUUGACUAUACGUAACGUGUAACCAAAAUGUUUUAAUUUUGUUUAUUUCUAAACCCCAAAACAAGAAUUCUAAACCCGAAUAUAAAAACCUAGUGCGAAAAACAAAUUAUAAACUAUGAAUAGUAAUGCCUAAAUUCGAAAGUUUUUUAAAUUUUUUUGAAAGAAUGAGUCUUUUUAAUUUAAAGAGAAAGAGACGUGAUUUGUUAACGAUGUGUCUAAUCAAAUUUCCUUUUUGAUUUAUCGGAUUAUUUUAAGUAUGUAAAUAAAGCCAAAACCUCUGUGAUAGGCCAAGAGAAAGAAGAUAGAUCAUAGACUAGAGAUAUGGAGGAAGAUCUCAAGAACUUCAUUAAGGUUUGGGUCUCAGCUAUAAUCUCCAUAUCUUAUUGCUACUACUUAUCAACCAGAUUCAAAGCUGGAGUUUUUCGAUUACUCUUCAUUCUUCCCGUUUGUGUUCAGUUUCUUUUCCUUCCUCUGUGUUUCUCCUCUCUUCACUUCACUGGUUUCACUGUGUUUUCCCUCACAUGGCUAGCUAAUUUCAAGCUCAUCCUCUUCUCUUUCAACAAAGGUCCUCUUUACCCAACUCCCCCUAAUAUCUCUCAGUUCAUCUGCUUCACUUGCUUCCCCAUAAAGCUUCAACAAAACCCUAAACCUCGAAUUCACUUGCCCAAAUGGGUUUUUGCUAUUAGAGUUGCUAUCUUUGGUGUGUUGUUAUAUAUGUAUGAUUACAAAAAAGAUAUGUCUUCAAAUAUGCUAUUGGUUCUCUAUUCUCUUCAUAUAUACUUGGAGUUUGAGAUUCUUUUAGCUCCCUUGAAACUUCUGCUUAGUAUGUUACUUGGGUGCGAUCUCGAGCCUCAGUUCAACGAGCCAUACUUAGCCACCUCUCUUCAAGACUUCUGGGGUCGCCGGUGGAACCUAAUGGUCCCUGCUAUCCUCCGGCCGGCCGUCUACGUUCCGGUGCGACGCAUCACCGAACGGAACAUGAAGUCCGAGCAUGCUAAGUUCUUGGGAGUUUUUGCCACGUUCCUCGUCUCUGGUGCAGUUCACGAGUUGAUCUUCUUCUACUUUACACGUGAAUCGCCUACCGGAGAAGUCACUUUGUACUUUAUAUUACAUGGAGUUUGCACUGCUGCUGAAGUAGCGGCGAAGAGGACAGGCUUGUUGAAGCCGUGGAAGAUGAGUGUGAUGGUAUCAAGGCUGCUCACGGUGGGGUUUGUGGUUGUGACCGGUGGUUGGUUGUUUUUUCCUCCUCUUAUUAGGAGUGGCAUGAUCGAGAGACUCUCUAACGAAGUCUUUUUGUCCACUGACUUCACCAAGCAAAAAGUUUUUAGUAUUUUUGGUGAAUUUUCCAAAAUCUUGGGUUGAUGUUUUCGGUAGCUAAAAUUAUCACUUUUGCUGAAUUUCAGUAGAAAAUUAAACAGAGAUUCUGUGAUUAUCGGGUUUGGUAAAUGUCAAAUCGUGGUGUCACCUACCCGGUUACCAAA